AUGGCCUGGGGGUGCGGUCGCGUGGAUGAUGUCACCGCCGCCAGCCUUCCCCGUUGCUUCACUCUAUGCACCUUCAAAGUGAAGAAACACAAGCAACAACCCAGAAUCACCGGCUUCAUAUGUGUGCGCCCUCAGGGUCGACCUCAGCAACACCAAAAGCUACUGCCUGGCGCUGAAAAAUAUCAUCGAGUAUGCAGCUGUCCGUCCCCCCGCUACGGUCCACGGCAUCACCUUUGCGCCCCCAAAACCCGGCCACGAGCCAGAACCUGCUUCCCGUCAACCCGGCCACCUGCAUAAGAACACCCUUUGCGCACUCGACAUGACACGAACAGACUCCUACUUAUCAUCCGCUCACCUCUCGCCUUUCCAUCAAGGCCCAGUGUCUCUUUUAAGUCAACACGCAUCUUUGCAUAGCCCCUUCGACCGUGAGACGAU